UUGAUUGAGCCCAAAAAUUUAUGGAUCUCGCGGGCUUAAAAUUUCUUAUCAUCAAUCAGAAUGAAUAAUUUUGAAUUUUGAAUUCAUUUUAAAAUAAUUUCCUGCGUGUAAUUUGAAUUAAUUGUCCAAUUUAAUACUCUCUCAUGUUCAAUAAACCAUCUCAGUAUGGAAGGAAAAAUGUUCUUGUGCGACAAAUGCGACCGAAGAUUCCAAUACAAAGCGAAUUUAUAUCGUCAUAGCAGCGACAAACAUGGUAAAGGGUUACGUCUUCGUGAAAAAAUACCUCAUGCAUGUGCAUCUUGCGAAUUUAAAUCUUAUCGAAAGAAAGAGUUGAUUCGUCAUAUACGAAGAAAUCAUAGCAGUUCCACUUCCUCACUAAAAUCCCGUAUGAAAUGUCCUCUGUGUGAUACUUACGUCAUAAGUUACCAGUGUCUCUAUCAACAUAUAUCUCAACUUCACAAUAUUCCUAUUGAAGAAGAGGAAUUAGAAUUUAAAAAUGAAACUGAAUUUCUAACUUGGAAAAUGAACGUUGAAAAAGAAACACAAAAUCACUACAGAGCUCAAAGAGGUGCACGAAAAAAGCAAAACUGUUUUUUACGCGAAUACGUGUGUCAUCGUUCGUAUAACCCCUCAUACGUGGUAAAAGAUACAGAACGUAAAAGAGCAAAGAAGAGUCCUGGAAGUAAUAAAAUGGGAGCGGUGUGUCCUGCUAAAAUGGUUGUUAAGAUUGAACCAGAUAAGGUCUUGGUGAAUUUCGUUCGCUGUCAUGUCGGACAUUCUCAUGAUGUUAUUCGGAUGAGGCUGUUUGACCACGAGCGUGCUGAAAUUGCUGAAAAAGCGAGUAGAGGAUUAACUGUCAAAAGAAUACUACAAGAAGCAAGGGAAAGCGUUGAUCCAAACAGUAGUGAACGAAUGCGUAACCUUAAAAGAAAAGAUGUUUAUAACACAAUUCGAGAUUUUGGAAUUGAUUAUGCCAGAGCCAAAGCAAACAGCAAUGAAACUCUCGAAACAACGGAACCAUCAGUUGAAAACGAAUACGAACAGAUCCACGAACCGAUAAAUUCAACCCAUGAUGACUCUUGUAUGCGCCAUAAGAUCGUCGAACCAGAAGCUCAGCUCAUCGAAGCUUCAAUUACUGGUCCAGAAGAAUUAAAAGAAAAACUUCAACUAAUUCUGGGGUUAGUCGAUAAUAUACCAGAAGAUAAUAUCGAAAUUGUUUCAAAAAAACUUGACGAGAUUAUGGUCUAUUUUGCUAAUGAGGAUUCCAAAGAGAUCUCAAACUGUGAAACGAGUCCGCACAAGAUGCCUGUAAUAAAAACGCAUGAAAAAUGUGCCAUUCCUCUUGAACCAGCUCAGGAAGAAAUCUGGAUAGAAAUAGGUAUUUCCGCUAUUGAGGAAAUUGAAAUAGGAGAUAUGUGAUUUAUUUAAACUAAAAUUACCAUUUUUAUAAUAAGUUUUGUAAGUUCCUUAUUAAAAGUUUAUUCGAAUUUUA